UGUCAUACUUUAAUGCUCGAAGAAGGUAACGAAGUUCAGGGACACGAGAGCAUUCGAUCACUGAACACGCUGAAGUCGAACCUGUUCUUCACCGCAACAACAUCGGCGUGUUUGUCAUGACAAUAAACUAAAAACUGAAACUAAAAAAAACGGUCACGGUCAGAGAGAGAGAGACCGCGCUGUCGAACGUGAGCACAGCGUCUAGCGAGAGCAGGUAUGACACUGAAGGUCGAAGGAGAUCCAGGCUACGGCAGUGUAUCUGCUGGAGGGCGAUUCAUCGAUGUGGACAGCUCAGAGAGCCUGCCUCUCCUUAUCCCAGACAUCCAGCGGCCCGUCUGGAAGCCCCUGAGCAGGGAAGAGCUGGAGAAGUGCGCAGGAGGACCAGAAUGGAAGAAGUUUCGUUCUCGUCUGGCGCUGUGCUUCUGGAUUGGUUGGCUGAUGAUGCUGGGCGCUGCUAUAGCAAUAAUCAUUCAGAGCCCGCGGAUGGAGUCUCCUUCACUGCACUGGUGGCAGAGGGAUGUGUUUUACCGCCUGCAGCCUGCUCUCUUCGUGGACGCUGACAGCGAAGGGGUCAGCCGUAUUAGCAUGGUGUCCGAGCGGCUGCCAUACCUGAAGUCACUGGGGGUCGGGGCAGUGAUCCUGGAGGGGUUGUUCCAGCACGACGUCUCCCCUCCAAACCUGACAGAGAUCGACCAAAGUCUGGGCACGCUUCCACACUUCACGCAGCUUAUCACAGAAAGCCACAAAGCAGGUGUGAGAGUGAUGCUGGAUCUUUGCGAGCUGGAUCUGUUUGAGCAGGAGUUGGGUAAUGGCACCGAUGUUUGGUCCAGUCCAUCAGAGUACAUUCAAUAUUCAUUAAGGUAUUGGCUGGAGCAUGGUGUGUCAGGGUUUGGGAUCUGUGACACAGACGCAGCUUUCUCUACAAAGACCCUAAUGAAGUGGAAUCUGCUGAUGCAAGAGUUUAAUUCACAAGAUGACGAAAGAAUACUGAUGGUGAGGCAGACAGGUAAUUCUCUUCCAGAACUCAAUGUGUCCAACACUGCUGUUAAUGGUUCACUGGUGGAGCUGGUUAUAAAGUCACUGAUCCCCCCAUCACACCAUCCGUUGUCUCCUGCUGAGGUGGCUGAGGCCAUGGAGGCCAGUCUGCAGAUGCCAGAAAGCCACUGGCCGAGCUGGACAGUCGGUGGAAAAGUACCAUGGGAGCUGCAGAGAGCGACUCUAGUCCUGAUCAUGACUUUACCUGGGACGCCCAUUAUCAGAUAUGGAGAUGAGGUCAAUCCAAUUCAGGAUCUGGAUCAGCUGAAUCAUCCUCUAGCCCUCUUCCAUUCUUUGAGUCAAUCGCGUGCCCGUGAAGAAGCUCUACACUUUGGCAGAUUCACCUUUCUUUCCUUUAAUGCCAGUAUGUCUGGUCUCAAUUCUACAUCCGCACCUCCUUUAGCUUUCCUACGCUCAUGGGGCUGCAUUCACUUCCUGGUCCUGUUUAAUUUGGGUUGUGAACCUCGCACUCUGGAUCCGGACUGGGCUCCCAGUCUACCUGAAGAUGGGGUGUUCGUAACCAGCACAGGUCUUGACCGAUUCGGCCCAGUGUCUCUAAGAUCACUAAAAAUGCAGCCACACGAGGCCAUUGUCAUAAAACUGUUUGAAUCCGACAACUCUUAGGACAAGGUUUGUGUUCGCUUUUUCGCUAGUUCAUUAAUAUACUAAUAAUGUUUCAUUUGGGUUAGUUGUAACUAAGAGUAAGCAUUUAUUGCAACUAAAUUAAAAAAAGAGUGUCUGUUUAAACUAAGUGCAAAUAGCCCGCCUUUUUGGCAGAGGCUAUUUACACUAACUCCGCCCACCAAUGUGUGGUAAGGUUAGACAACAUUAAAUAACAGUUACAGUGACGUAGCUGGUAAAGACAUAGAAGGGAUAUACUCUUUGACGCGAUGGAGUUUGAAUCCCACUUUUGCCAAACUCGUUCCUCUCCCUUUUCACGUCACGUAUCAGAUCAGAAAUGCAAUUUGCAAUAAAAAUAAAGGAAACAAUCAAAAAAGUGGAAACUAGCAUGCCUCGCAGGUGUUUAUCGGUCAAGUUUAGGUGUAAAGAUCCAUUUAAUAAAAAUAUAUGAACAAAUACAAAAAAAUAAAUUGUUUUAAAAUGUACUAUGAUAGUAAAGUGCAGAUAUGUGCUAUAAUUCUAGUAAAAUUGAUCACUAUUUGUACUUAAUGUAAAAAGUAUGUUGUUAAAAAAACUGCUAUAUUCAAGUAGUGUCAAAAAGGAAUACAUUAAGUUGCACUUAGUGUAAACAGCAUAUAUUGCAUAUAUUGCUAAUAUUUAUCCAUUAGUGGAUAAAUAUUGGCAGGGGACUGAUGUGCACUUUGUUUCUUUGGCAAAUAAUCUAAUAAAGAGAAACUAAUACAAA